AUGAAAGUUACUUCAAAGUCAAGAGGAAGGAGUGUUACUCCUGAUUUGCAGAAUGUUCCUGUUGUCGUUCCAGAAAGUCCUGAUACUUGUGUCUACAAGCCACAGUUUGUCUCUAAUGCUGCUCAAGACAAAUGGUCCACAAUGGUGAGACGAGAGCUAAUCAUACAGAGAUCAGUUGAUGAGAAUCAGUUAAAUUCAGUUUGUGAUGUAUUGCCUCUUAUGAGUGAGGUUGGUCUGCUGCAGACAGUGACAUCUGUUUGUAAUUACUCGAAGUUGCUGUCUUACAAAUUCUACUACAACCUAAAUGAUGAGAUUGACAUUCUGCCUAGCGAGAGGUACAAGCAGAUCUUCAUCCUGGGCAAGUGGUAUAUGUUUGGACCAGAUGUCAUCAAGCAGUAUUAUGGGUUGAAGAGAGUUGAGGAAGACGAAAUUUCUAAUUGGGAUUUGGUGGCUAAGACCCUCACUGGAGGACUGCCUCUGUAUGGCCAACUGGUGAUAAUGAUACCUUGUCCAGCUCUCAAUUCACCUUCAAUUAGCAAGCAUCUUGCUGCUCUUCUGUUUCGAGUUGGCACCAAGAUGACCAUUGAUCUAGGGAAAUGGAUCUUUUAUCAUAUACUCACAUUGAUACAUCCCAAGGAACAGAAGAUAAAGCUUCCUUAUCCCAAUCUUAUCUUUGGUGUUCUAACUUCUCUGGGUUUGAUUCCGAUGCCAAGUGAGGUCAUUGCUCCUUCUCUCCUAUAUACUGUGGAUCCGCGUCUUUUGACUGGCAAACACAUCAGGGAUGUUACGCCUAUUGAUGCUCUGCAUACUUCUGAGGCUGAUGCUACUGUUGAAGAUACCCCCUAUGCUCAAGAUGUGCAGUUGUCCCUGCCAUUGAAGCUCAAUGCUGCUCGCACUGAACUUGCAACUGUUCUACUCCGAAUGAGUUUGUCUGAGUCUGCUGCUGGUGAUGCUGUGAAGUCUGAGUUCUUCUACUGCCUAACGUGUCCUUUGUCUAUCAUUUGCAAAAAGGGGGAGUACUAUACUAAGCGGGAGAAUUUGUGUUUGUGA